GAAAUGGCUUCGAGCAGUACAGAUUUUCAACCAGGCACUGGAAUUGCGCCUGCAACUCUUGUAGAGUUGGCAGUGUCAUGUAGGAAGAUAAUUGAUGCUGAUGUAUUUUCAAAAUCAGACCCCAUGUGUGUUCUGUUUGUUUAUGAUUCUAAAAACAUCAAAUGGAAAGAGUUUGGAAGAACAGAAAUUAUUUGGAAUAAUUUAAAUCCUGAUUUUGUUCAUAAAUUUGUUAUUCGUUAUUAUUUUGAACAGUUACAGAAGUUAAAAUUUGAAAUAUAUGAUGUAGACUCUAACAGUGCUGAUCUUUCAAAACAUGAUUUUCUAGGCAGUAUUGAAUGUUCCCUGGGAGAAAUCGUAUCAGCGAAUAAAUUACAGAAAAGUUUAAGGGGACCAAAGAAAAACAGUGGAUCUAUUAUUAUCACUGCUGAAGAAUUAAGUAGUUGUAAGGAGCGAGUAACUCUACAUUUCUGUGCCCAUAAAUUAGAUAAAAAAGAUUUUUUCGGUAAAUCUGAUCCCUUCCUAUCAAUCUAUAGAUCAAAUGAAGAUAGAAGUUUUACUUUAGUACACAGAACAGAAGUAGUGAAACGUAAUUUAAGUCCGACAUGGAAACCGUUUAGUUUACCAGUCAGAACAGUAUGUAAUGGUGAUUAUGAUAGAAUGAUGAAAAUAGAAUGUUAUGAUUGGGACGCUGAUGGAGGCCAUGAUUUUAUCGGAGAAUUUUCAACGACUUUACGAGAAUUAUCACGAGGUGUUUCAGCUAAAAAUAAAUUUGAGUGUAUAAAUCCAAAGAAAAAAGCCAAAAAAUCGAAAUACACCAAUUCAGGAGUUGUCGAGUUAUUAAGUUGUAGAAUAGAACAAGUUUUUACAUUCUUAGAUUAUAUUCGAGGAGGGACCAGAAUUCAUUGUACAUUCUCUAUAGAUUUUACUGCGUCUAAUGGGGACCCUAAAUCAGUGACGUCACUACAUCAUAAUAACCAGUACAGACCCAGUCCUUACGCUAUAGCUAUUAGAUCUGUUGGUGAUAUUAUUAAAGAUUAUGAUACAUAUAAAAUGUUCCCAGCUCUUGGUUUUGGAGCCAGAUUACCUCCUAAUGGUGUUGUUUCUCAUGAAUUUGCUCUGAAUGGUCAACCAAACAGUCCUUACUGUCAAGGUAUUGAUGGUGUACUAGAAGCUUAUCAUAAAACAGUACAAUCAGUUCAGCUGUAUGGUCCUACUAACUUCGCUCCUACUAUCAAUCAUGUUUCUAAAUUUGCUUCUCAAGCUUUAGACGGCAAUGAUUAUUUUAUUCUAUUAAUAGUAACAGAUGGUAUUAUAACAGACAUGCCCCAGACUUGUGAAGCUAUAGUUCAGGCAGCUAAACUACCUAUGUCUAUUAUUAUUAUUGGAGUGGGGGAUGCUGAUUUCGAAGCUAUGGAAGUAUUAGAUGGUGAUGAUGUGAGACUAUCAUCUAAUGGUAUGUACGCUGAACGAGAUAUCGUACAGUUUGUACCAAUGAGAGACUUCAUGGGUCAAGGUCAAGAAAGUAAAGAUGAGCUCUACGCCAGAUUAGCUAAGGAAGUGUUGGAAGAAAUCCCAGACCAGUUUUUAUCCUACAUGCAGAAACGAUCCAUUAAACCUAAACCACCUGUACUGAACCGAACACUCUCCAUUAGUUCAGUUGCUUCCCUACCUAAUUCUGAACAGUAAAUCUUGUUUCUACAUUUUUUAAUGGCAGAAGUCUUUCAAUCUAUAGAAGCUUUGAAACUUGAGCAGUUUCUGGCUACUAAAGGCUAUGCUCAUGCUAUGUACUCAUACAGGCUAUGGUAGACUAUGAACUUUGGAUCAGACUACCAGUUUCGGACAGUCUUUUAACGUUAAGAAAGGCUACAAACUUUGGUCUUAGCAGUCAUUUGAAGACAGUCUUUGUUCACUGAAGUUCUUUGAACAUAAGCAGUGGUUCUGCUGGCUGGUAAAGAAAUUGUGAUAGAUUAUCAACAUGACAAUGAAGUAUAGAUAGCUAUACUAUUGCACAGCAUUGAUGUAGUUAUCAUUACUUAAUGGUGGGCAGUGGUUUGUUAUCAAAUGACAAAAAUAAGAUCCUACUUUCUACCUUAAAAUAUGGUUUUAGAGGGUAUUGUAAUAACUUUCAGUAUUAGUUUUGAUUAAGAAAUUCUGUAUUUCUUGAACUGUAUAUUUGUGUUUAUAAUGCACAGUUUUUAACCUUAAAAAGGGCAUUCCAAACUGCUUUCAUUAUACACUGCGAAUAAAAAUUUAGAAUUUUUUCUCAAGAAGUUUCCCUGUCAAUAUUGACGAUCAGUCAUUUUGUAAUUAAUCACUGAUGAUG